UGUGUGUCAAUUAAACAUCGUGGGGGCAACGCUACUCUAGUCGGACCCGGUUUUACUCAUUAUUUUUUUUUAAUAACAUUUGUUUCUUCAUAUCAUUGACUUCAUGUCUCACCUUAUUUGUCAAAUAACAUUUCAUAAAUUCAUUAAGAAGGAAUUUGUCAAUCUUUAGAUUGAAUUUUUCUCUGUUUUACAGAAUCUAAACUGUCACCAAAUUUUUUUAAGCUCUAAGUAACAAGAUUAUGGAAUUUUUUGGUUAUUUAUUUUAAUUUUGUUUGUUAUUUUUUAUGUUUGUUUAUGUCAUAUUUUGCUUUACUUAGAAAGAAAGAGGCCAUAGAAGAGGUCUCUUCAACUUGGGUUUUUGAGUUUUGAAGUUGCAUUAUUUUUUUAGAGAGAAAAGUUUAAGGGGGGAACAAAAAUGGGGGCUUGUGCAUCAAAGCCAGAAAGUUGUGUAGGAGGAAAAUUGAAGUUCUCAAAAAGAUAUAGAAAAACAAGGAGGUCAAGGCUUAAGAAAAGCUUGUCUUGUACCAGUAAUAAGCUGGUUCCUAUUGAUGAAACGACGGGCUUCAAUGAUCUUCCCUCUUACAUUAAUCCAACUUUUCGAGUCAGCUUGGAUGAGUCAUGGUUUGAUUCCCACCCUGUGUUUGAGGCUGACUGGGAUGACGAUUUUUACAGCAUUCAGGAAGAUUCCCUAUCUAUAAGAAGUUUUGAUCAUAGCACUUGUCCAUCAACUUUGUCAUCUCCAAAAUGCCAAAGUCCUGGUUAUGGUUGUUUUUCGGCUGUGUCCUCCUUUAGACAACGUAAAGAACAAGCUGAGGCAGAAUCAUUGAAAGAGGGAACUUCUUUUAGCUUCUAUAAGGACCAUUUGUUACAGAAAGAUUACCAAGAUCAAGAAGCUGAUCAUUCUCAUGUUUUUUCGGAUGAUCAGCAGCUGCAAGAUGACUGUGCACCAACAGAGUUUUCCUUCGAUUGCAACCUAGAUUUUUCUGAUCAAAGCACAGGAAGUAGUGAAAAUUCCCUGGAUUUGCAGUUGAAUGACUUGGAUAAAUCCCAAUUGAAGCAACAGAAUAAUCUCUUUGAUGUUAAGACAUCUCUGCUAGUGGUCAAAGUAUGCAGGCAUAGGAAUGAACAUGAGGCUGUAAAAGCUGAUGAUUCAUCUGGAGUAGGAAACUACCCGGCAGUCACAAACUCUUGUUUGCCGUGCCUCAAAAUGUCAAAUGUAUCAGGAGCUGAUAGAAGGAGAUCAGUCAGUCCUAGCCCUCCUGGUACCAGGAAGAAGGCAGGGUUAAAGCCCUUAAAGGCACUCUCCUUUCGAUGGAGGGAUGAAUAUGCUACUCCUACUUUAGUUUCACCAAGGGCCCCCGUGAAAAGACCAAUAGCAGGAUCUCAGAUACCUUACUGUCCACCAGGGAAGAAGAUGUCAGAUUGCUGGUCACCUAUUGAUCCUAACACUUUCAAAGUACGGGGUCAUAAUUUUCUCAGGGAUAAAAGGAAGGAUUUGGCUCCAAACCAUGCUGCUUUUUAUCCAUUUGGCGUUGAUGUCUUUCGAUCUCAUCGGAAGAUUAAUCACAUUGCUCGUUUUGUGGAACUUCCACCCAUAAGUUCUUCAAGAAAAAUUCCUCCUAUCCUUGUUGUAAAUAUACAGAUGCCACUGUACCCGGCCUCAGUUUUCAACCGUGAGCAUGAUGGAGAAGGAAUGAACAUUGUUCUAUAUUUUAGGCUUUCUGAAAGCUUCUCCAAGGAUUUACCUCGUCAAUUUCAAGACAAUGUCAGGAGAUUGAUACUGGAUGAGACAGAGAAAGUCAAGAGUUUUUCAGCAGAGACAACAGCACCCUUUAGAGAAAGACUUAAAAUCUUGGGACGUCUAGCGAAUGUAGAGGAGCUCAGUCUGAAUGCAGCAGAGAAGAGGCUACUUAAUGCAUACAAUGAGAAACCUGUCCUGUCACGCCCUCAGCAUGAGUUUUACUCAGGGGAAAACUACUUUGAGAUAGAUUUGGACGUGCACAGAUUUAGCUAUAUUUGUAGGAAAGGUCUUGAUUCAAUUCAAAACAGAUUAAGCCAUUCUGUCUUGGAUUUCGGCCUCACCAUUCAGGGACACAAACCUGAGGAUUUGCCGGAGCAUUUGUUAUGUUGUAUAAGGUUGAAUGAAAUUGAUUACACCAACUACCGUCACUUGGCAGUUUGAGUUGAGACCUUCUGAAACUCAAAAGAGGUGAGAAGCUCUAAGUCAUGCUCUUUUCAUCCUAAAAGAACAAGAAAAAGAAAAGGCCUAUAUGUACCCGUUUCAGUGUUUCUCCUCUCAUUUCCUGAUUCCACCCCACAAAGGAAGGAGGUGUGAAAUACCUAUGUUUCUCAAUUUUGCUCCUCUUCUUUUAACCUUGAUUUCCCAAUGUAAGUAUCAAAAACAUGUAUGUAAAACUCUGGCGUAUAUUCUAUCACUAUCUCAAAGAUUGGAGAAAUCACAAUUCUCAAUGGAAAAUAUCCUGCUGUUUUUAAACCAAAUGAAUAACAGAACAGAACAAGCCAUUAGCUUAAUCCAUGUUUAUUUGAGUUAGAAAGAAAAAAACAGCAUCAAAGCUGGGAAAUUCCAACAAUUUCGGACCAGUAGCCUAAUUCCAAAAAUAAAAAAAAUAAAAAAAAUUGAAAGAAAA